GGAACACAACUUCCUCUGCAACAGCAACAACCCAACUGAGAGCACACAGACUGUCUGCGUCAGUGCACCAUGGACAGAGCCACUGUGGUGUCGGCCAGCAGGAGUCCCUCAGCACCAGAAUGCAACAUCUCAACCUCCACCUUGGCCUUCGACCGGCACUUCACCACAACUGCCACAGGAAAACUCCACCUGGCUGAGAUAGUGUGUGGUAUGUUGGUGUGGAUUUUGGUAGGGGGUACAGAGUAUUUUCAUUUCUCUGCUCUCUGCUGGGUGAUGUUUGUCGCCAUUGUGUGCUGGGUUCUGACAAUUUGUCUGUUUCUAAUUUACCUCACUGGAGCUCACAACAGGAUACCACAGGUGCCCUGGACUAUACUGCCGCUGUGUUUGAACUGCAGUGCUGCACCUCUGUACCUGGUGACAGCAGUAGUAGAUGCUCUCUCAGUCAACCAGGCCAACAGGGGGAGACACAACUACAACUGCUGGGCAGCAUCUGCAUUCUUUGCAUUUCUGACCACACUGUGCUAUGCGGGAAGCAGUUACCUGAGCUACUGUACCUGGAAAACUCCAGAAGAAGGAGAAUAGUUUGUUACUCGCUGUUUGAAGGCAACAAUGUUCAGACUUUUUCUGAAAAACGAGUCUGAUGGAGAUCUAACUUCGGAGCAAAUUAAAACUCGUAGAAAAAUUAUGAGAUGGAAUACCUUUGUUGCAUGUUAUAUGUUUAGCAGGAAGACAUAGAGGCAGAGAGGUAUCUAGAAUGCAUCUACACUUGUGCUCUCAACAUACUUAUGUGUAACUAAAUAAAGUUGAGCUCUUUGAGGAUACAAGUCAGUAAAUGUACAAUGACAAAAAUAUGUUUUUGUAUGUUUCCUGUAUGUUUAAGGUUGCAUGUACUGUAGUGUCACAAACAUGAACACAUGACACACGUCUACAAUCCUGCAGCCAGUAACAUUUUAUGUCAAGUAAAUCUAAGUGAAUUUUCUCUUUGGUGUUGGAAAAAACAACAAGACACUCACAAAUAAGAAUGAGACAUUGAGUAUUACUUUGUGUGAUGGAAGACCAGAGUAUACUUAUUGAAAUUUCCUUACCUUAAAUUUUUGUCAAAUGUUUUUCUUUGUGAUAUUUACAAACAACCAAAUUGCUUUUAUAUUGCUUUUAUUUUUUUAAUUAAAUUUUGCACAAUAGUCCCAAGUUCCCAACAGGUAAAGAGGCCAACAUUGUACCUUACAUGAAAUACAAAUGUAAGUUGAAUGCUACAAAAUGUAACAUGGUUCAGAUCUAACAUCUCUCCAAACACAUUAAAAUCACAGUAUUUUGCAUAACAUAAUGUUGUCCUUAUAGUUAGCAUUCCUCAAAAUACAUGAGGUAUUGAUUAAAGGCAUUGCUUUGUUUCCUUCAA